UCCACAUUUCACCCUUCAAAACGUAUGUUUACAACCCCGCUUCUAAGCAACAUAAUCAUUACCGCACCAAAACCUAAUGAUUGAAUUCCAUGCUCCAAAAAAAAAGUUAAACACCAUCAGUUUCAAUCACACAAGAGCACAAAAGCCGUCUAAGCAACGGUGUCCUCCUCAAAGAGCGCCACUCGAGCAAAUCCCCGAGCCCUGAAAGCCAUCUCCACUGUGAUUGGCUGUCACAGACUCCACCCCCGGUGUGUGUGUGGCGAUUGGCUGUGGUGAGAGCCGUCUCGAGGGCUGAAGAGCCCAUCGAGUGAAGGGCGCCUCUUCAGUGGCUCUCCAGAAGCUCUCGACAACUCGCGUGCCGGUCCACUUGAGUCGAUAACAGUGCGGUGGUUGUUUGUGACACAAAGUGGCCGAGGAAGACAAGCCAAGGGACGACGCCAUGCCUCCGGCGUCGGCACACGCCGCCUCCACCACCUCUUCGGCGGCGGCGACGACGGCGGCGCUGCUCGCCUGGCCGCCGCUGCUGCUGCAUCCGUGGGCGCCGGCUCUUCUGCCGGGGGCCUGGUGCUCCUCGGCGAUUAGAUCCGCUCUGCCAGGAUUGUUGGAUAGUAUGAAGAUGACUGGACCGAUGGGAAAUCCCAGACAACCGGCAGGUUUUGCAAUUAGCGAUAUUUUGGAAUUGGAUCGAAACAGUAAUGUGGGUAUUGAAGCACCCCCGACGGACGCACCCUUGUAUCAUCCCUCACAUGACAUUUCGGGGUAUGUGCCCCUUUCCAGGCACUGGCCCACGCCGACGGAAGCUUUACACUCCCAUCACCAGCACAUUCCUCCCCAUCCUGCCCAACUCAGCCCCGACAGCACCAGCCCCGCCAUCUCCGAGCGAUCCAGCGUCGACCCCAUCGGUCCCGUUGACAACCUUCCCUCCAGCGCCUCCAACCCGGCCGUCAGCGAACGCGACCCCGACGAAGACAACUCCGAAGACUCCAAAGAUCCCCACCUCACCGACCAGCAAGCUAGCGGUCACAAGAAACGCAAACGACGAGUGCUUUUCUCCAAAGCGCAAACCUACGAGCUGGAAAGACGGUUUCGACAGCAGCGCUACCUCUCCGCUCCAGAAAGGGAACAUCUAGCCUCUAUCAUAAGGCUAACACCGACCCAAGUGAAAAUUUGGUUCCAAAAUCACAGGUAUAAGACGAAAAGGGCGCAACACGAAAAAGGGAUGCACGACCAACAAAACAACAACCCCUUGCCGUCGCCGCGACGCGUCGCGGUACCGGUUUUGGUCCGCGACGGCAAGCCCUGUCUCAGUGGGGGCCCAAAGCACCCCGAUCCGGGCUCCCUGCAGGUCCCCGGAGCCCCCAUGAUGAUGAGUUCGCAUGGGCCCCUCAUGUACGGCCAACCAAGGGUUUGGUGGUGAUUUUUUCAAUGUUCCUCAACCAAAAAAAAUAUUUCUUUUCCUCCGAAAUGUAAUAAAAUAUAAUCAGUGCGAUCAGAUAAUUUCGACUAUUGUGAGUGAAUCAAGGUCGAGUGAGUUAUUUUGUUGUUUCGGUCAGGUCAGGUCAAAUCUAUUAUGUUUUUCGAUGUAUUUAAAAAACUUUGUAAAUGAUUGUAUAUGUAUGUAAAUAGGAGUUGUAGACUUGUGUACAGUAGGUUAGAAUGGUUAAAUUCAGUGGCCGAUGUUCUAGUCUACAUUUUUUGUGGACGUUUGAUACUUACGUUCGUUCUCAAUUGUACAAAUUUAUUUAUUAAUGCGUAAUAAAAGACAUUUCACCACU